CGCUGGCAUCGCAGUCACUCUGCUCUCCACCUUGACACGCUCCACCAUCUCAGCACGACCUCUGUGUGACCUCUCCACCCGCAAUGGACCCCUGUGAGGAGAACGUUUACGAGAACCCAGAGUUCAACACCUACCAGAACACGUCGUCAGGGGUCUACGACACGACCUACGAGACGCCGUACGCAGAGCCCUCGGAGCUGAUACCAGAGUACGAGAACACUGGACGGGCCGCCGCACAAAUACCGGCUCCCCCUGCUCUCCCUCCACCUCGCCCUCCCACCUCAGAGGAGAGGCGAAGCAGUUCCUCCUCUUCCUCAUCCUCCUCGUCUUCCUCGCAUGCUGAAGAUGAGGAGAAAGCUGAGGUGGAGGACUGGAAUAAGGAGGAGGAGAGAGAGGAAGAGGUUGAGGAAGAGAUAGAGGAAGAGGUUGAGGAAAAGAUAGAGGGGCAGUUAAACAACACGGUGCAUUGGGACAUGGGGUCUCCUGAGCCGGAGCUGGACAGGGGGAUGUCAUCACGCAGAUCCUCAUCUUCCUCAUCAUCAUCUUCAUCAGCCCCUGAGCAGGAGAAAGCUGGGGAGAAUCCAGAGGAUGGUGUCACACUUUACGUGAAGGCUGGCAGUGAUGGGGAGAGCAUUGGAAACUGUCCCUUCUCUCAGCGCCUCUUUAUGAUCCUCUGGCUGAAAGGUGUAGUCUUCAAUGUCACCACUGUUGACCUCAAGAGGAAACCGGCCGACCUCCACAACCUGGCCCCGGGGACACACCCGCCGUUCCUCACCUUCCAGGGGGAGGUUCUCACUGACGUCAACAAAAUAGAGGAGUACCUGGAGGAGACGCUGGUUCCACCAAAGUAUCCCAGACUGGCAGCAAAGAACCGUGAAUCCAACAUAGCAGGGAAUGACAUAUUUGCCAGGUUCUCGGCUUACGUCAAAAACACGAGGCCUGAUAAAAAUCGAGCAUUAGAGAAGAGUCUAGACAAAGCCCUGGCUAAGCUGGAUGAGUAUCUGAUGAGUCCGCUCCCUGAUGAUGUUCAGUCCGGACGCCAUAGCGGCGAGGGAGAAUCCAAACGCAAAUACCUGGACGGAGAUGAACUGACGCUGGCCGACUGCAACCUUCUGCCCAAACUCCAUGUUGUCAAGGUGGUCGCGAAGAAAUACAGAAACUAUGACAUCCCGUCCGAAUUCAGAGGGGUGUGGCGUUACCUCGGCAACGCCUACAAUCGCGAUGAGUUCACAAACACGUGCACAGCCGAUGUGGAAAUCGAGCUCGCCUACAAGGACGUAGCUAAGAGGUUGGGAAAAUGAAUGCAUCACAACCACAGUCAGUAUUUUACUAUUUUUGGAAAAUCUACUAAAUCAUCCGUCUGACAACCAGUAAAUACUCUCUGUACAAAGGAUGAGUCACUUUUAACACUAUGCUGUAAUGUGUUUAAAUCUAGCUCAGUGGUGUGAUGUCUAAAAGAAAAGAUACUUAAUAAGAAUUCUUCGUCCUUUUUUUAAAGACGGUGAAGCAUCUGAAGUCUGAUGCCUCUGUAAUAAUACUGACUAUGAAAAAGUGGAAGAGGCUGGAAAUGGUUUGCUUAUGGUGAUUGUAAUGUUGAUAUUACUCCAAGAAAUUAUUCGAUUUUUAUUUAUUGACGUUUGCAAAUGACCGCUCAUCAAACCCCUCUCCUGAACAUCAAUUGUCAAAUCAUAUCUUAGCAAAUGUAACUAGGCUUUGCUUUGGAUCUCUCUGCAUGUUAAAGUGGUGCACAUGGGGCUGUAAGACUGAUAUUAAAACCAAUAACACAAGAGCAAAGAGUGUAAAGAAUGGGUCUAACAGUGUUUAUCUGACUGAGCUAAUGUUAGCGUAAUAUGAGUCAGUCAUAAGCGCCAUUUCACCCAGGCCAAAUUGGUGGAAACUGGCUAGAAGUGAAAUUAAUGUCUGAAAAGAAGAACGUUUUGAGAGGUUGAAUUCGCCACUCGUUAUAAAUUGCUAUACAACAGUCAUUUAAGGUGGUGGAGCUUAACAAACGGUCAACUGGAGAUGUCAAAAGAUAAAAGGAAAAAAAAAAUUGACAGCAGAUUCCCAGUCAGCAAAUGAUAGAGGUCGUUUUUCCCCGGCGCUCUACUGAAAGUAUUACCCACUUUUCCUACAGUUAAUCUGCUUAUUAAACUCUAAUAAUUUCAUGUCAUGAAUUUAUUUUACAUGUGUAACAGGAAUAAUGGGAUGCAUAAAGCAAGGAUUGAUUAUUUGACCUGUGCCCUUUCUUCUGUGGAUUAUGUCGUAUCAUUAUAUUGCAGGGUCGAAAUGAAUAGACAAGAGAGCGUUGUUGGGAAAUACUGUUAAGAAUGUGUUUCAGCCAAAGUAAUUUGUCUUUUAUUGGGGCAGUGUCAGCUUAGUAGACUUUAGAGAUAUAGUGUCCUCCUUUUCUUAAUGAGGCAAUGACUGACCAGUUCAAUUUUGGGUUUAUUCAUCUAGAACUGUGUAAUGAAGAUGGAUUUUCUUUGGAGAUUGCUAAUCUCUUUUGAAAUACUUUUAUAGUCUCACGCCACAGUUCAUGGCUUAUACUAUCAAUCCCUGUCUGACAUGGUCACAGUCUCACGGCGUGUUUCAGAUUGAAACUGUACAUUCAGUUUGAUAAAUCAGCCUAUAAUGAAAGGAAAAACACCCAAACAAACCAAGUUUACCCCAGCUGUUGUGUUAUUGUCAUGUUAUUUAGUACAAACCGAUGGUAGUAAAUGUAAUUUUAAUCACGAGUGCCUUAGUGAGAUUCAUGCUCUCCUCUGCCUUCAAGCUCUUUGUGUCUGUACAGUAAAUUAUAUAUAUUUGAAUAUAUUAUGAAUGUGAAUUAUUGAUGUCAUCAAAGAACUUCUCCUGCCCCAUGGAGCCGUGUGAUAAUAAUAUAAACUUAAUAUUUCUGUAAAUGAUUGUAGCUCAAGUGUAUUCAUAUUCUCUCUAAUGAUUAGAACCAUGAACCCACUGUGUAUAUGUCGCUUAUUUGAAUAAUAAAUCUAUUUUCUCAGAGACUCA